UUUAAAAAUUAUUUAUAUCUUGAAAUGGCUGAUAGUACCACUGCAAAUGUUAUUUGGGCAGAAAUCUCAGAUGAUGAAGAAAUUGUUCAACCAUAAGCUUAAGAAACUUAACCUUAAGAAAAUUAGGCUAAAGAGGUCAAAUAGGAAAAACAAUAAGAAUAAGAAUAAAAUAAUGAACAAAAGAAAUAAUCAAAAAAACCAUAUCAAAAGCAUCAUAAGCCAGAAUGGGUUAGACUCAAGGAGUUGUAAAAGAAAUAGGCUGAAUAAAUUUAAAAAGAGUAAUAAGCUGCAUUAGAGGCUCGAAGAAUUAAACCAAGUGUAUUCAAAAUUUAUAAAUCUAUAGAAAAACAAUUUCUAAGGACUUAUGGAUUACAGUGAUGAAGAGGAAUAAAAACCUGAAGAAUAAGUCUAAUCUGAAUAAUAGACAUAAGAAUAAGAAUAACCUAAAGAAGAACCAGUCAAUUAAUAUUAAAGUUUGUUUAUUUAAUUAUACAAUAGUCUUGAAACAAAAAUAAACUCAAGAGGAAAAAUAAUAAUAAUAAAAGAAGAAAGAUUAAAAGAAAAAAGAAAAUGAAGAUUUAGAUGCUAUAUUGAAUGAAUUAGGUUUUACUUAAAAAGAAACUGAAUAGGCUGGAGAUUAAGAAAAAAAAAAGAAGAAAAAAAAUAAAAACAAAGAUGCUGAUAAAUAGCCAGCCUAAGGUACCACUGAGAAAUAACCAGAAUAAUAAUAAUAGUAAUAAUAAUAAUAACCAUAAUAACCAUAAUAAUAACAAUAAUAAUAAUAAUAAACUGAUAAAGUAGAUAUCAAAAAAGUAUUAGCAGAAAAAGCUAAAAAAGCAUAAAGUGGUUCGCAUCAAGUUGAUAAAGUAUUUUUAUUACUUAUUUUAAGGAUUUAGAAAGAGUGAAAUAAGAAAUUGAAAAAAGAAAUCAAAAGUCAAAGAAAAAUAAGAAAUAAGACUUAGAUCUUUGAUUAAGUAAAUUGAUAAAUAAAUACAUUAAAUAAU